AUGGAUAAAAUCGAGUUCCUCAGAUCUGUGGCGGCCGACAAUGACACCCAUGGGCUCCACUUGAAGCGCUCGACAUGGAAGAAACCCCACAGACGGCACAAGGCCACGCGACAACUUAUCACUGACGAAUGGAAGAGGGUUACCAGUGGUAGCGAGGAAACCAAACACCUUCUCACCUACUUCAACGUCGAGGCGCCUCCUAGCGUUAUCCCAAGCAAGAAGUAUUGUGACAUCACAGGCUUGAAGGCCAACUACAAAUCACCCGGUAACGGGCUGCGAUUCUGCAAUAGCGAGGUGUAUUCGAUCGUUAUCAAGCCCAUGGCCCCGGGCGUCGAUCAGCAGUACUUGAAACUGAGAGGCGACAACGUGGUGCUCAAAUAA